GUUACUUCCGGUACAAAUUUUCUCCCAAAACUUCUGCAACUUUUCGUUGAAAUGGAUACUUUUCAAACAAAAACAACAGAUUGUUGGACAAGGCAAUUACUAACCAUCAAGAUGUGAACUUAAAAGCGGUUGUAACUAAAUCUUCAAAUGGAUUUAAUUUCGAUGAAUAUGGGAACUUGAAAACCGUGAAACUUUCAGUUUGGGACAAACCCAUUCGAAUCAUGGGGACAGGAAGCUCCUUCCUCCGUCACCCUGACGAUGAUGAUGGGACUGACUAUGGGCACGGGGUGAUAAAACGGAUCCCCAUAGAGAUGAAGCCUCGAGGACGUCUUGCAGGCCUGAGGAGCGUCAGCUCUCUGGGACGGAAACAACCAAAAGGAGGAAGUCUCAGGUCCGCGUUGUCCAUCGACCUGGAAAAUCCAGAAGUAGAACGAAUCAAGAAAGAUUUCGAAAUGUACCGGUUGAACAAGGAGAACGAGAUCGCAAACAUGCAGAAGAAAGAACAGAAGUGUGAAACUGAAAACAAGCGACUAAGAGCUGAAUUACUGGCUCUACAGAAAACCUGCACAAAGUUACGAGGAGAGCGUGAUGUGGCGCUAGAAGCUGAACAUCAGGCGUUGGCCAGAGCCGCAGCAUUUGAGAGUGACCGUGACAAAGUGCAGCGUCAGUUUAAGAUAUUUCGAGAAACAAAAGAGUGUGAAAUUCAGAAUUUAUUGCGAGCAAAGCGAGAAUUGGAGAAUAAAUUAUCAAAGGUUGCCCAUGGUUACAUUCCCGAUGACCUUGAUAUGAACUCCAGGGAGGAUCUUGAUGAAAAUGCAGACAGUGGAAAUCCUGGUGAUUGGUGGACUGCCCUGGAAAGUGAACCCUCAUUUGGCAGCACAAUGCAGCUACAUCAACCCAUGUUCAGGGGCCCGGAAUUUGCGCACAGCAUGAUGGAGAUGGAGGGACCGUUUACAAAUGUCAAUAAAGAGGAUUGGAGUUCGGCCUUGGCCAAGCUGACCCAGGUAUUACCCAGCAUUCCUGAGCACGUGACCUCUAAUCUGAUCCGUCUGUACAUUUCCGCCCCCAGAGACAUGAGGACUGAGGUCGAGAUUAUGGAAAAGGAGUGUCUGUGUGAGGUUAGGCAGCUUUGUGAACGUGAAGGAAGGACGCUGGUAACUGUCCAUAUGCCCUUUAAUGAGCACCACUCCAUUAAUGCUGAAGAGGGCGAAAAGGCGCUUAGUAAGCAUAGUGCUACCGGUAAGCAUCAGAAGGCGAAGACGACUGCGGGAUGCCGUGGGAGUAUUGUGCAUGCUUUUGCAGCUGCUGCUGCCAAGAAUGCAGAGGCCCGGGGCACUGAAGAGCUGGCGAGAGAUGCGGAAAUUAUUUAUUUGCAUCACCUGGAGGCACAUGUUCAUGAAUCGCCUAACUGCUGCAAGAGUUCGCCAGGUGGAGAAAUGUACCAUCUUUUUGGCCUUCCUUGGGAACACACCAACAGAUUUUCCGGGUUGGAGUAUUCCUCUGGUCAUUUAGAUAACCCUGGAUCAAGGCCCGCUGUCUUCUGCUUUAGGGAUCCUGCUUACAAAGGAUGUAAGCCUAGUCAAGGUGAGGCCAAAGACCUGAAGAGUCGAGUCCGGGGAAGUGGGAGUGCCAAGGUCAUUGACAGCUACCCAUCUCCAAACAAGGGCGCUGAACUGGCGUUCACAGAGCUGGAGAAAAUUCUCAAAAUUGAACUUGGUAUUGAUAUGAAGAAGGACAAAACUGAUUCUUACUCGUCUUAUUCCGAGUCUGAUAAUCCCGAGGAACUGUGUGGUGGUGCAUUAUGGGAUGUUCACUGUGAUUACGAACAGUUGGAAGCGUUAAGUUAUGCCGUCAAGUCAAGCUGCCAACUUGGGUUUGAAAAGUAUUAUGAGCGUCUGAACAAUCACGUGUCUGCAGCAGGACCUUUACCUCCAUUGUUAGUCUCAGGGGCUCCCGGCUCUGGCAAGUCGUUGUUGUUAGCACAAUGGAUUCAGCUACAGCAGGAGCGAAAUGCCAAUGGUUUAUUGAUGUAUCAUUUUGUGGGUCAAGAAUUUUCGGUCAGUGGGGAUCCUAUAGUGAUGAUGAGGCGACUAACAGCUCAGCUGAUGCAGCAUGUGUCCUCUCCACCAGCCUUGACCUGUGACCCCAGCAGGUUGAUGGAAGAGUUCCCUCGCUGGCUGGAGAAAGUCUCCUCCAAGACACCAGGGGGCGCUAUUCUCAUCUUGGAUUCCAUUGAUAGAUUUCAGAAUGGUGAGCAGCACCUGAAGUGGUUACUGGAUCCAUUACCAGUGGAUAUCCGUGUAAUAGUAUCCGUGGAUGAGGACACGUGCCCUCAGUCCUGGAGGUCUUGGCCAACUCUUCAACUUGAGCCUCUUAGCAACAAGAACGUGAAGGAGUUGUUAAGGGCGGAGCUAGCUGUUGACGACGUGGAUUUAGAUGCGGAGGAGGAAUGUAAAAUCCUGACACACUGCCGAACCCCGGGGACCUGCAAUCCACUUUACGUCCUUGUGCUGUCACGUGCAAUAUCAGGGUGUCGUUUUGGCGACCGUGAUAGGAUGGGUAAGAUCCUGGAUCAGAUCCUCACUGCCAUGGACACGGUGACGCUGUACAAGAAUGUUCUUCAGGUUAUCCUGCAGGAGUUUGCCACCUCAGACAACAAAGCCAUACACAAAAAGAUUCUGAGGUAUGCCAUACUGUCGCGAAACGGGAUCAGUGAGCGUGAGCUACGGGACUUGAUUCCGGGCUUACAGUGGAACUACCUGGCACCCCUGGAGGACGCACUAAUGGACCGGCUCAUCAUGACAAUGCGCUCAGGUGUGCUGACAUUUGCCCACCCUGAGGCCUACCAGGCAUGUCGGGAGAUCCUCUUCACAGAAGCCGAUGAGGCAGAGUGCUCAGAAGCCAUUCAAGAUCUCAUACAGUAUUUCUCUAGUUUCCUAUGGCCUGGGAAAGUGACAUGUCGUGUGGCAGAUGAACUUCCCAGACUGAUCAAGCAGACUGGGAACAAAGAGAUGUUACACCGUGCCAUUCUCAAUCUGUGUGUCUUCCAGAGACUCUACGCCAGGGGGCGCUGUGCAGAGCUGCUGGGCUACUGGCAGUUUGUUGAUGCAGAUAAAGUCUCCAUGGCUUACCAGUAUUUGGAGUUCACCAAGAAAACAGAACAGUAUGUCGGUCAGUUUGAUGGAAUUGUCACUUUACCCAGGAUUGCAGACAUGAAUGAGACACUGGGGAGAUUUCUGAAAGACUUGGCACUUCUCACUCAGGCUCUGCCGGCUUUACAGCGUGCUCUUGAGCUGCGAGAGACUGCCCUGGAUCCUGACCACCCAGCAGUGGCGCGAUCCUUGCACCAGCUAGCAGGGCUGCACGCACAAGGCGGGAAAUUUUCCACGGCAGAGGCAUUAUACAAGCAGGCGCUGGAGAUCUAUGAGAACGCUUACAGCAGUGAACAUCAGAUGGUGGCGAAAGAGCUGGAGGCCUUGGCGGUGCUUUACCAGAAACAAGACAAGCAUGACAUCGCAGAACCGUUGAGGAAGAGAGCGAUGUCAAUCCGAAAGAAAACAAGAACACCAAGAGUGGGAUCAGGGCAUUCAAGGGGAAUAACUCCGCUGAGACGUCAGGCAGUAAACACGGAAGAGUUGGCUAUGGUUCCUGAAUCUCCAGAGUUAGCGAGAACCCUGAAUGAGCUAGGAGUGCUGUAUUACCUACAGAAUAACAUAGAUUCUGCUGAAGCUUUCUUCAAGCGUUCAUUAGAGAUCCGUGAAGUACUCCUGGGAGAGGAACACCCAGACCUGGCUCAGUCCCUUAACAACCUCGCCGCUCUCUACAACGACCGCAAACAGUACGACAAGGCCGUACCACUCUACGAGAGAGCACUCCACAUCCGUAACCAGUACCUGAGUCCAGACCACCCCAGUGUAGCCUCCAUCAUCAAACACCUGGCCAUGCUCUACAAGAAGCAGGGUAACCUGGCAGAGGCAAUCCCGCUGUACAGACAAGCAGUUGAAAUCAGGGAGAAGUGUUUUGGCAGUCAACACCCAGCUGUGGCUACAGCCCUCGUUAACCUGGCAGUGCUGUAUUCUCAACAGAACAAUUAUGCUGAAGCCGAACCUCUCUAUGAGCGAGCUCUUCACAUUUACGAGGAUAGUUUUGGGAGUCAUCACCCACGAGUCGCUGAAACGUUACGAAACUUGGCUGUGAUGAAAUAUGAACAGCGUGACUACGAAACUGCUGCCAAAUUCUACAAGCGUGCCACAGAGAUUAAGGACCGAGACUCAAGUUAUGCGGGGAAAAACAUGCUACGCUGCAGUUCUAGUGAUGAUACAAACUCCACAGUCAAGAAUAUCCUCCAGGCGUAGCAAAGGCUGUCUCUGGGUGGCCCGAGGUCCAUCCAAAAACCGGAUCUAGUGCUGAUGUGGAAUCAGACUUCUCAUGAAUCUCACGCUGUUAUAUAUAUAUAUAUAUAUAUAUCAUAUAUAUAUGUAAAUUAUGAAGUUAAACUCUUAAAGGGGAUUGAAUCUGAUCUGGAUAUUAAGUGAUAUCGAACUGCUGAACAUGUGUGCCUUUUUCAUAUGUUAAGUGUUAUGCGAAUAGAAACUGAUGGUCAUAUUUUCAAGAUUUCAGAAUUUCUAUUGAAGGUCAUUGGUAUAUAAAUGCAUUUUUUUUUACGCCAUAUUUCACACUUUUCUAUUUAGCAUGUACAUGUUAAUUUUUAUUUUCUCAUUAUGGUGUUUGAAUUAGUGCUAGUUGAAAAAAGUGCGCACAUGUACAUGUAUGGGUGGUUUGAGUGCUUUGAAUUGAUAGAAUUUGGAAAUUGUUGUGAGAUUCAUAGCUGUAAAAUUACUUGCGUGUAUGUUAUUUGUUUUAACGGUUAAAGUGCAAGUUAAAUUCACAAAAAUGCUACAUGAAUUUAAGCUCUUUCAGGACUUCACAUGAUUUUACGCAAAGUGUAGCGAUGCUAUUAUGUUGUUUUUUUUUUAUAGUAAAAUGGGGAUAAGCCUAAUUUGUGUCUUUUGUCAGGCAGGCUACAUGUAGAGGUAUCUCUAGACACGUG